AUGGCGUCAGCUCAGGUUAAGCCUAGUUCGCGGCGGCAAGAGGUCGCUGAAGCUGGACGACGUAAGCUUGAGCAGUUUCGGAAGCAAAAAGCAGCCAAAAAGGCAUCACAGAGUAUCAGCACACAGCCUGUUGAGAACAGCCAGCAAAGUGUCACCGAUUCAGAUGGAGAUGUUGCAUCUAUGUCUAAUGGACCUCUCAGGCAAUCUGCUGAAACUCAUCAAGUUUCCUCAAAUGAAACACAUAUCAAAUCCUCAUUUUCUGGAGAUGUAUAUAAUUUAUCACCGGAUGAUGGAAGCAAAGGAAGAAGUCAGAAAGAUGAUGGCCAGGAAUCAGUGGGUGCAGUCGGUUUUUCUAGUAGCUUAGAGUUGAGAGGUUCGUCAGAUGACUUAACAGUGAAUAAUAGGCCUGAAGUUGUACCUUAUAGCAAUAUAGACAAGCAAUCAAGUGGUGAUUACAAUCGUGCUUCUACUCUGAGAGAAAGUGAUGGUUUUUAUAAAGGCUCAUCUCCUUUUUCUGGAAGCAGUCUGCUUUCAACGUCGAUGCAAAUGGACGGUUUCAUGCAUGGCAGUGGAUUCUCAUACAAUAAAGAUUCUCAACAACCUACCACUCCGAUGGCAGGGUCUAAUCACGAAUAUGCCUACAACCAACAGGGAAGUGGUGAGUUACGAGGAGGUAGCUUUGUGCAGAAGCCAACUUUGUCUAGCAGUUAUUUGUUUAGCUCUCCGGACGCAUCAUCUCGACCUUCUGAAUCUUCAGAUUACAGAGUAGAUAUGACAAGCCCUUCGCCGUUUUACUCAGCUAAAAGUGAAGUCAAGAGAUCUCGUCCUUCCUUCCUUGAUUCCCUUAAUAUUUCAAGAGCUCCAGCUACUCAGUAUCAACACCCUGAGAUUGAGACGGAUUUGGUUACUGCCAGUGGUUCCCGACUAACUAGCAGUGAUGGUUAUGGGACAUCUUCACUCCAAUAUAUAUCAGGGAGACGAGAUAGUAAUGGACCAUCGCUGACUAGUGGAGCAUCUGAUUCUCCUAAUCCAGCUGAUAAUUACCGAAGUUCUUUGUUUCCUGCUGCUAAUGGAGUAAUGCCAAGUUUCACUGAUUACUCCAUGCCAAAACAAAAUGAUGAUUUUACUGCUCUGGAACAGCAUAUUGAGGACUUGACACAAGAAAAGUUUUCACUGCAAAGGGAUCUUGAUGCUUCACGUGCUCUGGCUGAAUCCUUAGCAUCUGAAAAUUCUUCGAUGACAGACACAUAUAAUCAGCAGAGAAGUAUUGUCAACCAACUAAAAGAUGACAUGGAGAGGCUACAACAACAGAUCCAAGAUCAAAUGGGGGAGCUUGAAUCUUUUAGGAUUGAGUAUGCAAAUGCGCAGCUAGAAUGUAAUGCUGCUGAUGAGCGUUCACAAAUACUGGCUUCUGAAGUCAUCAGUUUGGAAGAUAAGGCUCUCAGACUCAGAUCUAGUGAGUUAAAGCUGGAGAGGGAACUGGAGAAAGCACAAGCAGAAAUGUCAUCUUACAAGAAAAAAUUACAGACCCUAGAGAAAGAUCGUCAAGACUUGCAAUCUACUAUUAAAGCUCUUCAGGAAGAGAAGAAGGUCCUACAGACAAUGGUGCAGAAGGCUUCCUCUGGUGGAAAGUCCAAUGACGUUAGUAAAAGCUCCAGAAAAAACGCAUCAACCUCUACAGAAGGUCUUGCAAUCUCAGAUACCAUGCCAGACCAGGAAGCAGAUUCUACCUCUCUGCUCGAAAGUGAUUCAUCUAAUACAGUUAUCAUUCCUGAAACUGGACAAUUAACUCUUGAAGGCUUUUCACUGAGCGUCCCAGCCGAUCAGAUGAGAGUGAUUCAUAACAUAAAUACACUGAUUGCUGAGUUGGCAAUUGAAAAAGAGGAACUGGUGCAAGCAUUGUCAUCUGAGUUAUCUCAAAGUGCGCGGAUAAAGGAGCUGAACAAAGAGUUGUCGAGAAAACUUGAAGUGCAGACGCAAAGGUUAGAGCUUCUAACAGCACAGAAUAUGGCUAUAGACAAUACUUCACCUGCAAAGCAGCCGGAUUCUCAUGCUGUUCAAGAGAGACCACCAAUUGCAGAUGAGGGCGAUGAGGUGGUAGAAAGGGUUUUAGGAUGGAUCAUGAAGAUGUUCCCAGGAGGGCCAUCGAAAAGAAGAACAAGCAAGCUUCUCUAA